AUGUCUGAACAUCAGCGACCCGAGCUCGUGUCUUUUGACGACAUCAACUACAACGACCACAAGAAGGUCCGAGAGGCCCAGGAGAGCUACACACGAGAGCAGUUCAUCCGACUGGAGGCUCUCAAGACCGUGCGAAAGGCUCUGGAGAAGUGCUACGAGGAGUCUGGCCCCAACCACUUUGAGGACUGCAAGAACCUGGCCGAGCAGUACCUGGACAUGCUCCCCACCCACCGACUUCAGGGAUACCUUGGUUACCAGCGAAACGAUCCUUCCAAGUAA